GAGUACUAUAUAUACUCAUAUUUACAUCUUAUUAUGAUUAUCUAACAAAACACACUAGAAAGAAAGAAACAACUAACAAAUAUUACCUCCAUCUCUCCCAUUUUCUGAAUUCGCCACUGAGAUAUCAUGACUUUCUUCAACUUCCUGCAAUUCCUCCAACCCUCCCUCCCCGACGACAACACCUCCGUCCCGGUAUCCCAUCUCAAAGAGGUGCUCCAAAAUCUCGGGAUGGCGUGGGAGGAUGACGACGAUGACGGGGAAGAAACGGGCAAUUUUACGGUGAGCAGGCAAGAGUUGGCGGCGAUUGUGGGCCCAGACGAGGAGGCGAGCGUGGAGGAGGCGAAGCGGUGCUUCGACGUGUUCGACGAGGACGGGAACGGGUUCAUAGAGGCUUGUGAGCUUCAGAGGGUUAUGGCGUGUUUGGGGAUGGAGGAGGGGCGGGAGCUGGAGGACUGCAAGAAGAUGAUUUUGGCUGUGGAUGAGAAUGGUGAUGGGGUUGUUGAUUUUCAAGAGUUUGCCAAACUCUUGCAACUCUCUUUGAAGUGAUUUAAUUAUUGCCCCUUCACUUUACAUUUAUACAUAAUCUAUACUAGCUACUUGUGUAUAUGUUAAGUCGAGUCAUGUAAAAUAUUUAGAAAUUUGUUAAUUUAUGUAAGUUAAAUCUUGUAAAAUAUUAAAAAAUAAACGAAGAUAGUUAUUUAUGGG